UUUCGACGUGAGCCAAACAAAAAUAAAAUAUAAAAAAGCCAACAAGGCAAGCCGCCAAACUGAGUCCCAAUCUGCAGAAGAAAUAAAGUGAAAAGGAUCGGUGAAAUUAUGCAUUUAUGCAAAUCAGGCUAUAUGGCCAAAACACAAGCUGCAGCGGCCGGCUGAAUUCUCAUAAAUAUUUCAGGAGCCAGCAAAUCGUGUGACACAGACAGCGUCUCAUUGGCCCGAUGCUGACCUGUCAAUGGCAUUUAUCGAUAUCGAAACUAUAUCUAUGUAGAUACACGACGAUGUAAUCAUGAGAGACGUCGCGUAGGGUCGAAAAAGUUUUCCAUAAAAGUUUCGACUAAUAGAAAAUAUGGCCGGCCAUUGAGUUUGGCCAAAGAGCAAAGUUUACCGCUAACGCUAACGCCAUCCCACAGACCCGCCAUCCCGAUACCGUUCCAUGUGGCCAGGGACCAGGCAAAGGAUCGCAAUCGGAAGCCGGGAGCUUUAAGGACAAUGGACCUGGGCCACUGGCUGCUGCAGCUGGUCGUGCACAUUCUGCUGGUUGUGCGGCGCAUUCAGUGUCUACGUGUGACUGACAUCAAUGUGCCACAAAUUGUUGAUUUUCGUGAUAACGUGACAUUAUCCUGCAGCUAUGACAUAAGUGGUCACACGUUAAAUUCGGUUAAGUGGUACAAAAACGGAAAGGAGUUUUUUAGAUACUCGCCCCUCACACCACCCACUUACAUCCCGUUCGAUGUGGAGGGGGUGCGGCUGAUCGAUGGAGGCAACGAGUGCAACGAAUACUCCUGUCGCGUAGAGCUCAAUUUAUUGGGCGUCCAGUCGUCGGGCGUUUACAGGUGCGAAGUGUCCGGAGAUGCACCCCAUUUCCAGCUAACUGCACGCGAUGCCAACAUGAGCGUCGAGGCUCUCCCGCAGAACAAUCCUCUUAUAAGCAGUUUCCACUCCAUGUAUCGCUUUGACGAUUUUGUUCAAGUUAAUUGCAGCACCGACUUCUCCAGCCUUUUUACCCGCAUCACCUGGUACAUAAAUGGAAUAAAGGUCUCUAUAGUGGAUCUAUUACCGAGCAUAGAAACCACGAUAGCUGCCCACGACUACAACAUGCGUCGUGUGGUAUCCCAAUUGAAUUUCUACGCCAAUGAGCCGCGAUAUCAUCAACUUCAACUACAAAAGCUGAUUCAGCAAAAGCGAACCAUAUCGCCAGCUCGACUAGGUCUGGAGCUGCGGUGCGUGGCGGAAAUAGAUCGGUAUCCGGACUUGCAACGAGAGGCCACCAUGACAGCGCAACUCUUUCGGGACGACUUGGACCUCAAGAAUCAGAAGCUUACCAACUCCAGAUCGGUGGGCAGCAUUCCGGAUGGCAAAGUGCAUCAUCUGCAGCUCCUGGCGAUGGCAAUGGCUGCCGGGAUGACCGCAGCGCGACUUUUGACGCCGCUGACAUUUCAAUAUGGCGCACGGAAGUCGGCCCGCUACAAAAUGGCGGCGACAGGAUGAAUUGCGUGUUUUCUGUUUUCCGGUUUUUAUUGCGUUUGUUGAAAUACUUUUCUAGCUCUAAGCAACUGAAAUGCACGUGAGAAUUUAUAAAAAUGAAAAAAAAAACACAGAGGAUUAAAAAUGCAAUGUAACAAGAGUGUAUAAUUGUAAUUAAAUGUCACUGAGUUUAAUGAACUAAAUAAGUAAAAAACACGAGGGAAUUAACUUUAGUCUAGGCAAGCAAAUAUUGUAAAUAGCCUUUAAGUGUGCAAUGGAAUUAUAAGAACACAAACGAAUCAUCAUCAAUAAACGA